CAUCCCCGUAACACUAUGUCUAGCAUCUCAACUCUUAAGCUUACACAGAAUCGCGUUCGCGUCGUGGGAUUUCUGAAGAGGAAGUCCGGUAUCUCAAAGGAGGAAUUCACGCGUCGCUGGCUCCAGCAUGCUGAACUAUUCAAAUCCACGGAGAUGUCAAAGAAUAUUCUCAAGUACGAUCAGAUGCAUGUGAAUGAUGAAACCAACGCAUUGCUUAAGCAAAUGGGAGCUCAGACGUGCGAAUGGGACGGUAUAGCCAUCAUGGAAGGCGAAUCAUUCGAAAAAGUCUUGAGUAUCACGACCAACGAGGAGUACAAGCGAGUUCUCGUGCCGGACGAGCUGGGGUUCCUUGACCGCGAGAAGACCCAGGUGGUGCCAUUGAAUUUUGGCGUGUUCAUAGAUCGGCCUGAAAAGUAGAGUCGAUACAAACUCAGGGAACAAAUUACAAAAAGCAGACGUGACCUGAUGGACGCUUGGUGCAAUCAGUUCAUGCCGAUAAUCUAGUACACUGCAAACGCAAAAUGUAGUUCUCGUCGUAUGCAAGUCUGUUGUUUUGGAUGCAUAGUUUCGUUGCGAUUCGUAUGAUGUCCAAGAAAAACUCAGAUGUUUUAUUCCCUCGUUGAGUUUGAGGAGACGUGUAGGCAGUAUGCUUGCGUUGAUCUUCUUUUCGCAUCCUGAGUUAUCGCAAUGUUCUGAGUUGAUCAACUGUCACUACGAUGUGAAG